AUCUAGCAGAAGCCAGAACACAGAAGCAGCAGAAGGCUUGGACUGCUGCUGUAGUUCGUGUUCUUUGCCCUGAAUUUGUUUUAGGCGCCCCGAGCUUUCGUAGCUCGGCUUAACUAUUAACUAUGCAAGACAUAUUGAUAAAUGUUGGUGAUCAGUCAGACAAAAGUUCCAUCAUGGAUGAUUUUUGCUACAAUAACAACGUUUCGAAGGCUCAUGUCUACGUGAGGUUGGGGUUUCUUAGGAAGGUCUAUGGCAUACUCAGCGUCCAGCUUCUUGUGACAGCGGUUUGUGCAUCAAUUGCGAUGUUCACGCCCGUGGUGAAGUUUUAUAUCAACGAGAACCCGUGGAUGGUCACCGUAGCAUUUCUCGCGUCAAUAAUCCUCCUAAUCGGUCUGAUGAUAAAAAGAAGACAAACUCCAAUCAACUACGUUCUCCUCGGCGGAUUUACAUUGGCACAGGCGUACACCGUUGGUGUUGUUGUGACAUUCUAUGAUCAGCUGGCAGUGCUCCAGGCUUUUAUCAUCACCCUUGGAGUCACCGUGGGGCUCACCGUCUACACGUUUCAGAGCAAGCGUGACUUCUCCACGUGGGGCGCAGGCCUGUUUGCCUUCCUCUGGGUGCUGGUGCUUGGUGGAUUCCUUCGCAUGUUCAUCCCGAGCACACAUUUGGAACUCGUGCUGUCCAUGGGCGGUGCAGCACUCUUCUCGUUCUUCAUCAUCUUCGACACACACAUGAUCAUGCACCGUGUGUCACCCGAGGAGUACAUCAUGGCCACCAUUGAGCUGUACAUGGACAUCAUCAACCUGUUCCUCCAUAUCCUGCGCAUUGUAGGAGAAGCAAGGAGACACUAAGCGGUUGCACAGUUCAAACCAAAUCUGUGUUGUAUACACACAGAUAAAGCGUGAAAAUAAACGAAAAAAAUUGUGAUUUUUUUGUUGGGGAUUAAUACACUUUCCCUUCCAUUUGCAUCUUACCUCAGAGUUUUGUCUACAGUGUUACAUUUUUUUGUCUACAGAUCGCACAUCUAUAUGACAUAUGAAUAUAGAAAAGGCCUAAUAUAUUUGCAAAAAUAUGCUUUAUUGAAGAAUGUUUUGAUUAAUACUAUGAUUUAUGUUGCUUUGUAGAUGAAAUGGGCAAUAAAAUCGUUUCCACGUGUGUGA